ACUGGGGGUGUGCGCAGGAGGCGCGCGGCGGCGACGGCGCGCCGUUGGUGUCAUGGGGAAGAUGGCGGCGUCCAAGUGAGGUUGAGGGCUCUGAGGAGGCGUUGAGAGGUUUCCGUACAGCCCGAACGUGCGGCUUUGGGGAUCCCUUCGCUCUGUGUUUCCUGCUCCAGGUUUCGCGUCUCGCAUCUUCCCAGACCCUCGGGCGCGAUGUGGAGGAGCUGCCGCCGGCUGCGGGACGGGGGACGCCGUCUCCUGAAUCGGCCUGCGGGUGGCCCCAGCGCUUCUAUGAGUCCGGGGCCAACCAUCCGGUCUCCAGUCCGGGCUUACGCCCCGCCGACAGAAAGGAAGAGGUUUUAUCAGAAUGUCAGCAUCACACAGGGUGAAGGUGGCUUUGAGAUAAACCUGGACCACAGGAAGCUGAAAACUCCCCAAGCCAAGCUCCUUACCAUCCCCAGCGAGGCCCUGGCCAUUGCAGUGGCUACUGAGUGGGAUUCCCAGCAGGAUACCAUCAAGUACUACACCAUGCACCUGACCACAUUGUGCAACACAUCAUUGGACAACCCAACCCAGAGAAACAAGGAUCAGCUGAUCCGGGCAGCUGUGAAGUUUCUGGACACCGACACCGUCUGCUAUAGGGUGGAGGAGCCUGAGACAUUAGUGGAACUUCAAAGGAAUGAGUGGGAUCCAAUCAUCGAAUGGGCUGAGAAAAGAUACGGCGUGGAGAUCAGCUCCUCCACCAGCAUAAUGGGACCCAGCAUCCCUCCUAAGACUCGGGAGGUGCUCGUCAGCCACCUGGCAUCUUACAACACAUGGGCUUUACAAGGGAUUGAGUUUGUAGCUGCCCAGCUCAAGUCCAUGGUGCUGACCUUGGGCCUGAUUGACCUGCGCCUGACAGUGGAGCAGGCCGUGCUGCUGUCACGCCUGGAGGAGGAGUACCAGCUCCAGACAGAGAACCUGCAACUUGUCCCCAGUGUGCAGAGCAGAGGCAUCUGUAGUUCUGUGACUACCACAAGAGUCAGAGUUGAAGCUACUGCGUGGCCUUACUUGAUUUAGUUAUUCCACCCACAUGGGGCUGGGGGCACUUGUAGCCCAGCAUGGCAAGGCAACUUGCGGAGGCUAUCCGUUCACAGGCUUUCUGGGAGGAAGUGUAGGAGAAAGGAUGGCAUGUAAGUCAGGCCUCCUCAAAGAAGUCACAUGGGUGGUUCUGGUACCCAGCCUGCCCAGUGGUGGGUGGGCAGCCACUGGCCCUGGGCCUGGGCCUGGACUGCACUUCUUCCAGACCAUCCAUGCCACAGAGAGCACAGGUACCUGCUUCGGCUCCCUGGGUGUUUCGUGUGUGUGUGUGUGUGUGUGUGUGUGUGUGUGUGUGUGUGUGUGUGUGUGUGUGGUGUUUUUGAGACAGGGUCUUGCCCAGGUGGGAGUGCAGUGGUGUGAUCUUGGCUUACUGCAGCCUCAACCUCCUGUGCUCAAAGCAGUCCUCCUACCUCAGUCUCUCAAGUAGCUGGGACUACAGGUGCGCCCCCACCACACCCAGCUAAUUUUUAAAACUUUUUGUAGAGGUGAGGUUUCACCAUAUUUGCCCAGGCUGGUCCUGAACUCCUGGGUUCAAGCAGUCUUCCUGCCUUGGCCUCCCAGAGUGCUGGGAUUACAGGCGUGAGCCACCGUGCCUGGCGUACCUGGGUGUUCUUACCUGCCGCCUCCCCCUAGGCGUGUCUGAUGUAUUUUGGCAAGAUCCAAACCUGUUGCCCUCAGCUGAGCUAUUGGAAUGGAACGUGGCUUUGGUCAGGAGGCAGCCAGGCACUGGCCACUCACCCAGCAACUUGUCUUGUCCUUCCCUCAGAUCCAGAAGUGGGGCAACAUUGAGUGGGCCCAUGACUACGAGCUGCAGGAGCUGCGGGCCCGCACCGCUGCCGGCACCCUCUUCAUCCAUCUCUGCUCCGAGAGCACCACAGUCAAGCACAAGCUCCUGAAGGAGUGAGGCCUGGGCAGCACACACUCAGCAGGAUAGAGGCAGUGCAGCCACAGCUCCCCCGGCCUUCAGGGCUCCCCAGCCUGUGGGGCUGGCUUCCUUGGCUUUUGGGGGCUUGGCCUCAGCGUCACCGAGAUUCCCCCGAGACACAGUGCGCUAGUGCGGCUGUCCGGAAGUCAGCCUGAUUUCAACCCGGGUGCCCCUGGCGUGGCCAGCAGUGAAUGUAAGAGAUGAAUUGUACAAGUGACUUUCUCUCGACUCUGAUUUUAUUAAAUAUUUCUCCACCCUGGAAA